GGACCUGGAACAGCGGAACCAGCGCUGGGCUUCUUGAUCCACCGAAUAGCUAAUAUUUCAGCCAACGGGCUUCUUUCUCUUUUCAGAGACCCGGUACAUGCGAAUGACGAGAGCGUAGUGAUUCCGUUUUUUAUCAGUGUUGUUUCUUUUCCUAACGAUGACGGACUGCUGCCGUUUUUGAUCCUAAUAUUUUAAUCGCUUAAAAAAGUGAGCGGACAAACAUAAAGUUUUGAGCGAGUUUAGUGAGAUUUGCGUAAAGAAGAGGAGAGGGAAGAGGAUAGAGUCCCCCCACAUGAGGGCGAGAUCUGACUGAACUUCAUUUAGCCAUUCUCACAAUAUGAAGAAAUGUCUGAGGAGACAGAGUUGGAUGUGAGAGGCGGUGUGGUGUGGAGAGAACGAGAUCGAGAGAGGGCACGCGAGUCCACGGCCAGAGCCAGCAGCAGGAGCAGCAGCAGCAGCAGCGGUGCAGGGGGAGGAGGAGGAGAAGAAGGAGAAAGCUCCAUGCAGUUCAGCACCAGACCGGCCAGCGCUGAGCCGGGCUUCAUGGGGACAUGGACACAGCAGAGCACUGACAGCAACCUCCUCUUCAGAAUGUCCCAGCAGGCCAUCCGCUGUACUCUGGUAAACUGCACAUGUGAGUGUUUCCAGCCUGGCAAAAUCCACCUGCGGACAUGUGACCAGUGCAAGCAUGGAUGGGUAGCGCAUGCACUAGACAAGCUGAGCACACAGCAUUUGUACCACCCGACGCAGGUGGAGAUCGUGCAGUCCAAUGUGGUGUUUGACAUUAGCAGUCUGAUGCUGUAUGGGACUCAGGCAGUACCUGUGAGAUUGAAGAUCCUACUGGACCGUCUGUUCAGUGUCCUUAAACAGGAAGAGGUUCUACACAUUCUUCAUGGCUUGGGCUGGACUCUGAGAGACUACGUUAGAGGCUACAUAUUACAGGAUGCUGCAGGCAAGGUUCUGGACAGAUGGACUAUAAUGUCUCGGGAAGAGGAGAUCAUCACACUGCAACAGUUUCUGCGCUUUGGCGAAACAAAGUCUAUUGUGGAAUUGAUGGCCAUUCAGGAAAAAGAAGGUCAGGCAGUCACAGUGCCCUCAUCAAAGACUGAUUCUGGAAUUAGAACUUUUAUUGAAAGCAACAAUCGCACACGUAGUCCUGGCCUUUUAUCACACCUAGAAAACAACAGCCCUUCUAGCAUUCACCAUUUUGAGAACAUCCCAAACAGUUUGGCUUUCUUGCUGCCCUUCCAGUACAUCAACCCGAUGUCAGCCCCUAUGCUAGGGCUUCCACCAAAUGGACUUAGUAUUGAACAAUCAGGUCUUAGAAUGAGGGAGCCAAACCUGCCAAAUCAGAGUGACCCAGUGGAGGCCAGCGAAUCUGAAGUUUCACUCUCACCAUUUCAUAGUGGUCAAAGCCCCAGUCGAGGAGUAAUGGGGACCUUACCCAAUGCCAUCGAACCUAAGACAGAACCCAACAGAGCUUCUCCUAUCUCUCCAACACCAUCUACACUGCAGUCCCAGCAACCACAGACACCAACACAACAGACACAGGGGCAACAACAGUCAAGUUCUCUGAACAAUCACCAGAUUCAUCACCAUUUUGAAAAAAAUGAACAGUCAAAAACUAUAACACACUCUUCUUUCUCCUCCAAAAUGCAUCGCAUACGUCGCAUGGGUGCGACAUCACGUAAGGGUCGUGUCUGCUGCAACUCCUGUGGCAAGACUUUCUAUGAUAAGGGUACUUUAAAGAUCCACUACAAUGCUGUGCAUCUGAAGAUUAAGCAUCGUUGUACUAUUGAAGGCUGCAAUAUGGUCUUCAGCUCUCUGCGUAGUCGUAACCGACAUAGUGCUAAUCCCAAUCCUCGCCUACACAUGCCUAUGCUGAGGAACAAUCGGGACAAGGACCUUAUUCGCUCCAGCUCUGGGACAGCCACUCCUGUCAUAUCAAGUACCAAAAGUGGCUUCAAUCUAACUAGCCCAGGGCGGCCACCAUUAAGUUUUGCCACCCCUCCUCUUGAGCCUAUGAUACAGUCACCUCUGCAGAGCCCACUUGUGUUCCCUUCUUUAAAGUCUGUGCAGCCAGUGCAACCUGUGCCACCCUUUUAUCGCACACUACUUUCUCCUGCUGACCUAGUUAGCCCCCCAGUCUCUCUGCCUACCAGUCCAAUUCUGCCUACAACAGCUAACAGCACAUCUCUUACGGACCAGCAACAGAUGUUAGCUGUUAGCUCCCUUAGCAUGCAUGUAUCCGAAACAUCACCAUUUUCUCAUCGCUUACCCACAAAUCACAGUACCCAAGAUUCCAUUAUUCUUGAUCCUAUGCCUAAAAAGAAGCCUCGCAAGUCUAGCAUGCCAGUAAAAAUAGAGAAAGAGGUGAUAGAUGUUGCAGAUGACUAUGAUGACAAAGAUGAGGAUGAUGAUGAUGGAGACAGUUGUCACCAUCACCAUCAUCAACCAUCCAGCAUCCAUAAUGUUAAUGGCAACUGCAACAACAACAAUAAUGGCAGUAGCAGCAGCAGUCAUCAUUGUGGUGGUAGUGGACAUGAGUCUCCAUCACACGAUGAAAUGAGUCCCAGUCAAGCACUUAGAGGCAUGCUCCAUCCUGAACAAGAAGAAUGCACUGGCAGUCAUGGUGGUAGAGGCCAUGGUGACCUACGCUGUAUUGACAGCUUUACCUCUGAGGACCAAGAUCAUGAGCGUGACUUUGAAAAUGAGUCUGAGACAUCUGAAUCCAAAAUGCUGUACCGCGAUGAGCUGAUGGACACUGACAUAAAUCAGACUGCUCUGGGGAAAAAUAUGGAUAAGGAACACCAGGGGACAGAAGAUGACCAACAUCUAAGAAAAGAUUUGGAUGAACACAGCCAUUCCCCACCCUCCCAACACCAGCCUGUUAUCAAAAUCAAAGAAGAGAUCAAUGAUCCUACUUAUGACAUGUUCUGCAUGGGUCAAUACAGCCUUUACAAUGGAGGUAUGGCAGCUGCCGCUGCAGCUGCUGCCAGCAUGGCUGCCUUACAUGAAAGUUUCAUCUCCUCUAUGAGCUAUGGAACAAGUACACCAAAGUUCCCCUCCCAGUCACCUGAGGGUGAUCUCUGCUCUAGUCCUGAUCCCAAAAUCUGCUAUGUCUGCAAAAAGAGCUUUAAAAGUUCCUACAGUGUCAAACUGCAUUACAAGAAUGUUCACCUAAAAGAGAUGCAUGUGUGCACUGUCUCUGGAUGCAAUGCUGCUUUCCCCUCCAGGCGGAGCAGAGAUAGACACAGCUCCAACAUCAACCUGCAUCGCAAACUACUGACCAAAGAGCUGGAUGACAUUGUCUUAGACCCCCAGCUUACAACUUUGCCUAAACAGCUGCGUGCUGAGUUCCUGUCAAAGAUCUAUGCCGACCACCACACAGGACUGGAGGGUGUGGGGGGUUUUGACAAUGGACCACCACAAAGCAGAGGACAUGAGGGAAUGAGAUCCCAAGUCGCUAGAGAAUAUUCACACAGCAACGGCUAUUGCCAUGGCCCUAAUGAUGACUAUGUGGUUCUGGACCUGAGCACUGCCUCUAGUGUACAGUCAAGUGGCAGUGUGCAAUCCUCACAUGAGUCUGAUGAGGGCAGUGAUGAGGGAAUUUUGCUGGAUGACCUAGAGGAUGCUAGUGACACUGAGGACUGCACCCCAAGUACUGGGGCUCAGAGACUGUCAAUGGAGGGGAAGAAUAGAGAGGAAGCCGGGAAGGAAGAAAGAGAAGGAGAAACAGAUGAAAGGAUUCUGCACUAUGACCCCUCUGUUUCACCAUCCAUCUUGGCAUCCAGUGGAGGUAAUGGCACAGGAGGCAUUCUUUGCACCAUCUGCCACAAACUGUACAGUAACAAAGGGACCCUCCGGGUGCACUACAAGACUGUCCACCUCCGUGAAAUGCACAAAUGCAAAAUACCUGGCUGUAACAUGAUGUUUUCUUCUGUAAGGAGUAGAAACAGGCAUAGCCAGAACCCCAACCUACACAAAAAGGCCCCUUAUACCACAAUGAUUGAUUAAAACAUUCAUUCCUAUUUAGCCUAUUUCCACAAGCACCGUAUCUAUAAAAGAACCCUCUCAAUUCACCCCCACCCCCAAAUGCCUUUUUUAGUAUUGUGCCAUUUUGACAUUUUUGCUUUUGGAAGCAAGUUCUGAACAAUAUAACAUCACAGUGUCAUAACAUCAUAGUUCCCUCAGUUCCCUACACAAACCUCCCCUCAAUCUCUUAUUUGUGAGCCUUGCCUGCAGAAAUGUUGAUGAGGAAAAAACAAAAACAAAAAAAAAACUAAACUAAAUAAAAACGUUUGUAUUUGUGUAAUGACAGCUUUUAAAAGAAUCCCUUACAAAAGCAUGACUGACUAAAAUAUGUAAAUACUAAUGUUGUGAGGGGCUUGGUGUGAAACAAUUGUAUUGAUGGUUGAUAUUUUGUUCUUUUUUGUUUGUUUGUUUUUAUUUGGUCUGAGACUUUCACUUCAAAAGGAAAAGAAGGCAAGACAAAGUAGCAUCUGCUUAGCUUGAUUCAUUUAUAUUGGCUUAAAAUGUUUUAUCUUAAAAAAAGAAAUACAUGUGACUUGUGACUUGUUUUAUCUUCAUGUUAGGUAAACAGAUGGAGCUGGCAUGCUUUUAGCUCUAACAAAAUACUUUUUUCUCACAAUCAUAUCUUUAUUUAAAAAAAAAAAACAAAAAAAAAACAAUUUUGCACUUUGCAACUAUACUAGUGGGACUAUUAUUUCAAGGAUACCGCUUUACAAUGAUCAUUGUCCAUUGUGAAAAUGACAUUUUUAAGGAUACAGUGCCAAGUGGUAUUAACUGUACCUUUAACAGAAACGUGCCAGAUCUUUAUAUGAGAGUAUCUCAUUUGACAUGAUUAAACACUAUAUUCAUCCCAUUUAGUAAGUGUUUCAGGUAUAUUCAUUUGAAUGCAGUAAAUAAGUAUUACUGACUCUGAUCAUAAUAAUUGAAAAAUAAACAUUUAAAGAGUAUAAGUGUAUGGUCGAAGGCUGAAUUAGCCCAGAGGUUAGGUAGAUAAUCUUUCUACUGCAUGUAGUUAUACUUUAAAGAGGUAGUUUGUGUCCUGUAAUUUAUUUUGUCUCUAAAAAUUUGAUCAGUUUUAUGAUAUACAAAUGCCACACAAGAGAGGCUAUAGAAACUGUGACCAAAAGCAAAGGUACUGUUGCAGAACAGAAAUUAAAGGAAAACACUAUCUUCUCUAACACUUCUCUACAACUUACAGACAUGUGUUUAAUGUUGAGGUUUUCGUCUUUAUUUUGAUCCUGGCGAUCAUUAUCUGACGGCCA